CGACACCACGUGUACUAUGUUGACUGUCAAAGUCUGAGGGAACUCAAUUCGCGGAAGCUUUGAGUUCUGAGAGAAGUUUCUCCAAUCUUCGAAGCCUGCACACUUCGAACUCUAGACCAUGAGCGGCCCGAGCUUGCUGUCCUUUACCCAGCAAAGCUGGGAGCAGGUGUUAGGCAAAGUGAAACGGGCUGUGGUCUACCUGGAUGCCGCCUGUGCCGAGAGUCUGCACUGGAGUUGCGGACCCACAAGGCUUCUGGAGGCGGUGGGGGAUCCUGCAUGCCACCUACGGGAAUUCGAGCCUUCUGCACUUGGUGGUGGAGCCCAGCAACCCAAGGCAGUGUUUGUACUGAGCUGCCUGCUGAAAGGCCGUACCGUGGAGAUUCUAAAGAGCGUCAUCUGCCGUAGUCGCUUCCAGUAUUGUGUGGUGGUCACUGCAGUGAGCCAUGCAGUCCACCUCACAGCUAAUCACGUGCCCGCGGCAGCAGCGGCCGAAAUGGAGGGGCAGCCGGUGUUUGAGCAGCUGGAAGAAAAGUUAUGUGAGUGGAUGGGCAACAUGAGUUACACUGCCGAAGUACUGCAUGUCCCUUUGUUGCUAGCCCCUGCUGCUCCUCACAUCGCCCUGACUCCAGCCUUUGCUUCGCUUUUUCCACUGCUAACCCAGGAUUUGCAUCUCCUUAACAGUGCUCGGCCUGACAAGAGAAGACUGGGAAGCCUGGGUGAGAUGGAUGCCUCGACCCUGACCCCUGAGCUGCUACUGCAGAUCAGGUGCCUGGUGUCAGGCCUCAGUUCUCUGUGUGAGCACUUAGGAGUACGAGAGGAGUGUUUUGCUGUGGGCCCCCUCAGUCGUAUUAUCGCUGCAGAUCUAGCCAAUUAUGGCCCUGCCAAGAACAGGAGGAAGAUUGCUGCAGGGAGGGCAUCGGUGGUUUUUGUGGACAGAACCCUGGAUCUCACAGGAGCUGUUGGGCAUCAUGGAGACAGUCUGGUGGAGAAGAUGCUCUCAGCACUCCCCCAGCUUCCAGGCCACACCACUGAUGUGAUGGUGAACAUGGUAGAGCUCACCGCCCUGCAGCCUCAGGAGGAGAAUCACAGUGUGCUUGCACCAGGUUGUCUUGCACAGCCCAAUGACACUGUAGCCAAAGCCCUAUGGGAAGCCUUACUGAACACCAAGCACAAAGAGGCAGUGAUGGAGGUCCGGAGACACCUAGUGGAGGCAGCAAGCAGAGAAAACCUACCAAUCAAAAUGAGUAUGGGGAGAGUUACUCCAGCACAGCUCACAUCCUAUAUCCAGCUCUUCAAGAACAACCUCAGAGCUCUGGUGAAUCAUUGUGGGCUCCUACAGCUCGGGCUGGCCACAGUUCAAACUUUGAAACACCCACAGACAGCCAAGUGGGACAACUUUCUGGCUUUUGAAAGGCUCCUUCUCCAGAGCAUCGGUGAGUUGACCAUGACUGUUGUGUUAAAUCAGCUGUUGCCCAUGAUUAAACCUUCUAAGCAGAGAGCCAGUGAUGAUUACAACCCCGAAGAGCUGUUGAUCCUUCUAAUAUAUACUUAUUCCAUCACUGGAGAGCUUGCAGUAGACAAAGAUAUGGUUGAAGCCGAAGAAAAAGUAAAGAAAGCCUUGGCUCAGGUCCUUUGUGAAGAGUCUGAAUUGUCACCUUUGCUGCAGAGAAUCACAGGCUGUGACUCUUCAAUUAACCUGACAUUUCACAAAUCCCAAGUUGUCGUGGAUGGACUCUUCACUUCGCUCCGGGAUAUUGCUCAAGCUCGGAAUCUCAUGAAACAGUUUAAGUCUGUGUAUGUCCCUGGAAACCAUACUCACCAGGCAUCCUAUAAACCAUUGUUGAAGCAGGUUGUGGAAGAAAUAUUUAAUCCUGAGAGGCCAGAUCCAGUCGAUAUUGAACACAUGUCUUCAGGCCUGACUGAUCUCCUUAAAACAGGAUUUAGCAUGUUCAUGAAGGUGAACCGACCUCAUCCCAGUGACCACCCGCUCCUGAUCCUCUUUGUGGUGGGUGGAAUCACAGUCUCUGAAGCCAAAAUGGUCAAAGACCUUGUGCUGGCCCUGAAGCCUGGAACCCAGGUACUAGUGCUGUCCACACGCCUCCUGAAGCCACUGAACAUUCCUGAGCUGCUGUUCACAGCUGAUCGGCUUCAUCCAGACCUGGGAUUCUGAGGAUCUCCUGAGAUGAGAACCACCUGAGCUGGGAUCACCUCGACCCUUGUUUGUCAUCAUUCAGAACUUACCUCCAAAUCCAGCAUCUGUGUUCACAGCUUCAGGUUUUGAUUGAAUUCUACCCAAAGGGUUUUGGUGACUGUACAAUGAAGGACUGUCCUUGGAUUGCUGUGAUUCUUUGAAAAAUAUAUAUAUUUUUGUUUUUCUAAAGGAGCCAAACUGCUUUUCAGUUAGCAAGACUUCUCAUCUACCCUGAACCCUCUGUGAUUUUCCUAACUGUGCCUAGAAGUUCAUUCAUUUUAAAUCGAUGUGUAUUGGUGAGAAUGGCUGGAUUGCAAGCCCUUUGAUCUGCCCCUGCUCAAGGGCUCAGAUGUGCUUUAGGAUUAUGAGUAUGAGGAAAGUUUGACCGGCGUAAGGAUCCCGGUUCGAGCCCAGGCUCCCCACCUGCAGGGGAGUCGCUUCACAAGCGGUGAAGCAGGCCUGCAGGUGUCUGUCUUUCUCUUCCCCUCUCUGUCUUCCCCUCCUCUCUCCACUUCUCUGUCCUAUCCAACAAUGACAACAUCAAUAACAAUAACAAUAAUAACUAUGACAAUAAAGCGAGGGCAACAAAAGGGAAUAAUAAAUAAAUUAAUUAAUUAAAUAUUUGAAAAAAAAGGAAAGUUCGGUGUGUCUUGAGAUUGUAUGACAGAGGAGGGACCAUUGCAAGUAGAAUAUACAGCUUUCUCUCCCUUCCUUUGAGAUGUUUCUAGCAUAGCACUCGUAAUUAGCCUGCCUGGGAAAUGGCCCUCCCCUGACACAGCUUGAAUUCACUCACCAGCCCACUGGAUGGUGGCGUGAGAGAGAGAUGGGUUACAGGGCUAUCACCGCCCAUAGAAGGUGUCCUCUCCCAAAGGGAAGCAUCACUAAGGAUAUCUGUUCCCUAGAUAUCUAGAUGGGAACUCCAGCCCCUCUUGACUUCCUCAAUUUAGUUUCUACUGAAAUAUGAAAUUUUCUUUAAGUCUCUUAUACCUUCCUUCUGGCCAAAGCAGAAACAUUUGCCCCCCCUCCCACCUAAUGAUAACAUAUAGGAACACCAGCAACUGUUCAGUACUUAGAGCUCAGGCACUCAUAGGUGUGUGGUAGGUGGAAAAUUCUAGCAUCUCUAAAAGAUGAUUGUAACAAUUAAGUUAGAAAAAGGUGUCUAGCGUGAAUUAAACAAACAGAGAAAAUAAAGUGCAAACCAACACAUACACAUGUCUCUUUUUUAGUUGACUACACAGCUCUAUCACAUGAUGACAAACAAAAAACCUCUAAAGCUGGAAAUCAUUCUGUAACAUGAUAAAAGCAGGUUUUGUAAGAUGCCAACAUUCCAUUUCUUGGCCAAGUAUAUUUCUCACUCAAUACCAGUUCUGCCUUGGUACAAAUGAUUACAGAUCUCAAGGGCUUGUUUCAUGCCCCUAAUCUAGAAAUCUUGGACUUGAAUAAGGAAGAAAAUGGCAGUAACCUCCCCUCACGAUAACCAAAGCAAAUGUGGCUUUUUAAAAAAUAAAGAAGUCAUGUUGUAUGUUUCAAAUCCACGUUCAUCCAUUUCCAGAUAUCCAGUGAGUAGGGUACGUUCCAGGCCGUCUGCUAAGCUCCAGGUCACGGCAUUACAGGAGCCAUACUUGCAUGUCAACUCUGUGGCUCUCACAGGAGGAGAAGCUGCCACCUCUCCUAGUGCUCAAAUAAGGCUUAAACUAUAUGUUUAAGAGAAAAAUAUUCAAAAAGGUCUUCAUCUGAAAUGAUACAAAGAGGGACUUCCUGUAAAUGCUAAUCUUUAAGCAGUGAUUAUAUCCCCAAAUGACCCAGAUACUGUGUUACACAGGAAGUUUCUUGGGGUGGGGGGGGGGAGGGAGCAAUAUCAAAAGUUUGAUUCACAAUUUUUGUCCAAUUGCUGGCCACUGAUUGGAGGAACUGAACUAAGCAGACAGUGUGAUGAGGUCAUGGAAGGGUCUGGAGAAAAAGUGCGUUGGAAGAAGUUGAUGGUGUCUAGGGUUUGGUUUGAGUAGGAAGGUAGGAGACACAGGACAGAGCACAGUCCCUUGACAGGGAACAUCAUAGAAACUUGAUAAAAACUUUGCAGAGGACCUUUAACAAACACAGGGAAAGAUAGGGCUCAGGAGAUAGGAACAUGGUGGUGGUGUGUGUGGUAGAGCACACACAUCACAUUGUGCAAGGACCCAGGUUCAAAUCCCUGUUCUCCACCUGCAGGGAGGAAGAAGCUUCACUCUCAGUGAAGCAGUGCUGGGGGUGUCUCUUUUUUUCUCACUCUAUCUCCCCGUUCCUUCUCCAUUUCUCUCUGCCUCUACCCAAUAAUGUUUUUCUUCUCUUAAAGAACACUGUCUCCUUGGGAGUAUGGCUCAAUCUGCCAACAUCCAUUGGAGAAGCAUUUACUAAAGCCAGAACUCCCACCUUUUGCACCUCAUAAAGAAUUUUGGUCCAUACUCCCAGAUGGGGUAAAUGUUAGGGGAAGACUACCAGAGAACUCUGAAUGCCAAUUCCAUCAGGACCUGGAGAGAGAAGAGAAAAAAAGGAGGAACAUUCAGAAUGAGCAAUCGGUGUAGGUGUGACUUAGAAAGGAAGGGAAUAUAGACCCAUAGGAAAAAAAAUGUAUAUAUAUGUAAACCUGUAUCUGUGACCUUAACUACUUCAGUUUUGCAGUGGAGGGAAUAGGGACACAGAACUCUGGUAGUAGUGUGUAAUUAUAGCCCUGUUAUCUCACAAUUUUAUAAAUCAAUAUUAAGUCACUAAUGAAAAGAUCAGGACAGGAUUAGAUCUCACGGGGGGGGGGAACACAGUCUAUUAAAAAGGAGGGCAAGAAAGCAGGGGAGAAAGAAAGAGAGAUACUUGCAUCAUUGCUUCACCUUUCAUGGAGCUUCCCCUCUGCACGUGGGAGCCAGGAGCUUAAACCCAGGUCCUUGGUCAUGUAAAUAUGUGCACUUUAUUGGUGUGUUGCUGCUUGAAUGCUAUAUAUUUUUUCUUUUUGUAUAUGCUUUUGUGUCUUAUAUGAGAACUCUUUGCUUAGCCUGAAGUUACAAAGAUGUUUUUUAGUUAGAGACAGAGUGUAAAAGAGACACAACACUGAAACUUCCAAAUAAGAUAAAAUAAAAA